CCAAGAAUGUCACUGUCUGAACAAUACUAUUUGAAGACCAAAAAAACAACUGACUCUCUACAAGAGUUAGAAGAAAGUUGCAUUAGCAAGUGAAUCUGCGAAGUAAGGGACAAAUACACAAUGGGCAAAAAGCACUUAGCCGUUUCCACUCUUCUCGGAUCUUGCGACCACUCUCAGGCUAGGCUUGGAAGUACAGUACGACACUCGCUGACACGCAGAACCGAGUUCCCGUCUCUGGCUUCCGGCGUCCUCCGUUGCUAAGGAGACCGGAAACGCGUCCUAAAGCUCCGCCCAGGCAAACCGUAGAGUGCCGGAAAAAGGGUGAACUGAAGGGUCGGCAAGGGAAAGCGGUAGCGGGGGCUGUGUGGUUUGUGCUACAAUGACCACCUUAGUGCUGGAUAAUGGAGCCUACAACGCCAAAAUCGGUUACAGCCGUGAAAAUGUCUCGGUUAUUCCUAACUGUCAGUUUAGGUCAAAAACAGCACGUCUUAAAACCUUUACUGCUAACCAGAUAGAUGAAAUAAAAGAUCCUUCUGGACUCUUUUACAUCCUUCCUUUUCAGAAGGGCUACUUGGUGAACUGGGAUGUUCAAAGACAAGUUUGGGAUUACCUUUUUGGAAAAGAAAUGUAUCAGGUUGACUUUUUAGAUACUAAUAUUAUCAUCACAGAGCCAUAUUUUAACUUCACUUCAAUUCAAGAAUCAAUGAAUGAAAUCCUGUUUGAAGAAUACCAGUUCCAAGCAGUAUUAAGAGUAAAUGCUGGGGCUCUCAGUGCACAUAGGUAUUUCCGAGAUAAUCCUUCUGAAUUAUGCUGCAUCAUUGUAGAUAGUGGAUAUUCUUUUACACAUAUUGUUCCUUAUUGUAGAAGUAAAAAGAAAAAAGAAGCAAUUAUUCGGAUAAAUGUGGGUGGAAAGCUCUUAACGAAUCAUCUAAAGGAGAUCAUCUCUUACAGGCAGCUACAUGUUAUGGAUGAAACACACGUGAUUAAUCAAGUAAAAGAAGAUGUAUGCUAUGUGUCUCAGGAUUUUUAUAGAGAUAUGGAUAUUGCAAAGUUGAAAGGAGAAGAAAAUACAGUAAUGAUAGACUAUGUUUUGCCUGAUUUCAGUACAAUUAAAAAGGGCUUUUGUAAGCCAAGGGAAGAGAUGGUGUUAAGUGGAAAAUAUAAAUCUGGGGAACAAAUUCUUCGCCUAGCCAAUGAGAGAUUUGCUGUUCCAGAAAUACUCUUUAAUCCUUCUGAUAUAGGCAUUCAAGAAAUGGGAAUCCCAGAAGCUAUUGUAUGUUCAAUUCAAAACUUACCUGAAGAAAUGCAGCCGCAUUUUUUUAAGAACAUUGUUUUGACAGGAGGAAAUUCCCUUUUCCCUGGAUAUAGGGAUCGGGUUUACUCAGAAGUUCGAUGUCUCACUCCAACGGAUUAUGAUGUUUCUGUUGUGCUGCCAGAAAACCCUAUUACUUAUUCUUGGGAAGGUGGAAAAUUGAUAUCAGAGAAUGAUGAUUUUGAAGAUAUGGUGGUAACAAGAGAAGAUUAUGAAGAAAAUGGACAUAGCAUCUGUGAAGAGAAAUUUGAUAUUUAAGAAACGUUGCUGAAUGAAAGUCUUGACUGGUUGUGACUGAAAGAUUUUAUUUCAAUAUUCUUUAUUUUAAAGGAGGUUAAGGACUUGUGUAACAUUUCAUCCUAAGAUAAAGUCUUGAAUUUACAUAAUGUAAAUACUUCUUGAUCCUGUUUUCAGAGGUUGCAGAGCUAGGUUAUUACAGAAGACUAACUCAGCCCGCAUUUUCAUUUAGGAGCUGGACUACCAUAACAGUGCCUAUGCUGUUUCUGAGAGUAGGUUAGCUUUCAUUAGAAUAUCAAAGACUGAGUGCAUUUUAAGCCUUCAUAGUUGAAAGCACAAACUUAACUGCCUCACCAGUCAGUUUUCCUUAGAAUGUGGUCUUGUGUGAUGAUGACUAGGAAUUGGGAAAAGUGUUUUCAGGCUGAUACGAUUUCUCUCUCUCUAUUAGAAACAAGUAUUUAUUAAAAUUGUCACUCUUAUUUGUCCAUACGAAAGGAAAGAGUAAUUUUAUGUGUGUAUGUUUCUUUCUUACUUGGAGUACGUUUGGAAGGGGGAGACUAAAGCCAGUUUAUUAAUGUGUUUUUGGUCACUAUUUUGUUGGCAAAAAUGCAUUAAUUCACUCAUAAAAAUACUGUACUUUUUUUAGGAUGAAAAGAAAUUUGAAGUUGACUCAGAGUUGUUCAAACACCCUUGGUACAAAUGUUAGAAUUUUGUUCUAAAAACUGUUUUAUAUAAUCCACAGGAAGCAUAUUAAGGUGUUAAAGCCUACAGCUUUCCAGUGUUAGGAAACAGCUAUAAGUGACAUUAGUGAAUGGAUCAGGUGGAGUUCUUUGAUCACAAGCAGUAGAAACUCACUUGGGCUACCUUAAGCAAAACAAGAUUUAUUAGCAGAACAGGGGAUCGCUCAUAAUAAGAAGAAGCUGGUCCAACAACCUUAGGAAACUAAGAUCCAGAGUAGUUUUGUGAAUCUCAGUUGCAGAAGCCAAGGAACAGUCCUUAUAGAGCCCUGCCAUCAAAACAUCUCAUUUCCUCUAUUUUCUAUCCUUAGUCAUGUGUUCAUGAAUCAAAUUCCUAGUGCUCUGUUUACCUUAGCUAGAAUCAUGCACCUAUCCCAUGGCUUCAGGGGCUUUGAUUGACAUUCCCACCAGGACCCCAUAGAAUGAAAGAAGGUAGUUCCCCAAAGGAAAAUUGAGGUGAAGAAAUAGAUGCUGGGCAGGCUAAAAGAGCUAUCCACUGUACUUACACUAUAUUUAGUUAGGGCCUGGUCAGCCCUUCCUACACCUAAACUGGUUAUCAUUACAGAAGUUAUAAAGAGACUACAUUUGUGUGAUACCCAGUUACUAUUCUAUAAACUGUGGACAGUGUAGCAAGAAGAUGCUGGUGACAUAAAAGAAGUUUUUGCAACUGUGCCAAAAUUUGAAGGUGAUGUGGUUGCAGGUUAGAAGUCUUGAUAAGUCCCCACUUAAAGGACUUGUUCAGGACCUCAUCCUGGACAGGCAGAAUACUGUCAUCAACAACCAGGGUGCUUAUCCUGUGAGGAACUGGGGUGUCUCUCAAAGCUGCAUUCCCACAGCAUGCCCUAGGCUGAUGUUUCUUGCUAUGGUCUGCUGAGACUGAUGCACACACACAAGCACAUGUGCUUAUUACUACAGUAAUGUCUGUAUACAGUGUAGGUUUCUUAGUGCUCAUUUUUUAGGCACUAAAAAUUCUUUUCUCAAAUUAAUGAAUAUAGAAAUUAAUCCUUCAUCUUUAGUAUCAAAGUUUCCAUCCAAGACCUAUCUCAUUUUGAAACUUUAUUGCUAGAGAUACUGUUUUAAUAUUAUAUAGUAAGUUGACUUCAAAGAGAACAUUUAGCAGUUCUAAAUAAUAUUAUCUGAGGUGAUGCAUUAAAAAUAUUUACUAUUAUGGAAAAGUCUUGGUGAUCCCAAUUUGAGAUUCUUUUACAAAGAGUAUAGUAAGAUCUUAGCCACAUUCGACUUUUAUCAUUUUUAUUGCAAAUUACAUGCAAAGAAAUAACAUGUUCUAGUGCUGGUAAGCCGGAGGGAGCCCUAGUGGUGCAGUGGUUAAGAACUCGGGCUGUUAACCAAA